CCGAAUAUUGUCCGUGAUGAUCAUGCAACAACUGGGCUAUCCUUACCAAUGUCAACACAGGCAGUUACACGAGGCGUCCGAAGGACCAUGAAACUUGUUUUUGCCCCCUGGACUGCCGGACCAGUCACUGAACAAGACGAAAUCCAACACGAGGCGGAGUUUGAAAUCUGGAAGGGUGGGCUGAGGGGCUGUACAGAAGAUUUUGACACCAUAUAGCGCGAUAUUCCCUGUCACGAUUUACGACACGAACAAUAUAUUUCUGACUCACUUUUCUUCCACU